CUCUCAGUAUCACCGAAGAAGAAGAAGAAGAAGAAGAAGAAGAGAUUACUUGCACACGGUAAUCAAGGAAUCAACCAAGCAUUUGGUGAGCCAUUUUUCCUUACUCCGCAGGAUGACUGCUCUUUCGAGUCCCUUCCUUUCAUUCACACCUCCUCAAUCUCACCUCUUAUCAUCUGGUGGUUCUUUGAAGCCAAUUGACCAGAGUCUUUUAUCUAUUAGCCCCUCUAAAUCUUUCAGUAAAGCAAAGCUUACUGCCUAUAAAAGGUCCCUUACUGUUCAGGCAAGUGGCAAUCGGGGAAGACCAAAUAGUGCAGGUAUCUUCAUCGGUGGCUUCGUACUGGGAGGAAUAGUAGUUGGAACAUUGGGAUGUGUCUAUGCUCCACAGAUCAGCAAGGCACUAACUGGAGCAGACAGAAAAGAUUUAAUGAGGAAGCUGCCAAAGUUUAUCUAUGAUGAGGAAAAGGCAUUGGAGAAGACUCGCAAAGUACUGUCUGAAAAGAUCCAACAAUUGAAUUCUGCAAUAGAUGAGGUUUCUGCUCAACUGCACACAGAUGACAGCUCAAAUGGAACUGCAGUGAAUUCAGAUGAGAUCCAGGCUUCUACGUGAGAAAAUACUUGUUGAGAUCUCAACACAAGUUAAUCAGCACUAGAAUACAAUGUCCAAAAAUUUUUCUUUUUUAUUAUAAUUUGUUGUAAACCACAUAAGCGUGAAAAUUAUAAAAAAAAAAUAAAAUAAACAUAUAAAAUAUUAAUAUUUA